UCAGUUGUUUGGUUGUUCACCGUUUGGCCUCCUCGGUGUCAAGCGGGUUUGCGGCGUUAAUUUAACCUGCGACAACAAAUACAAACAGGAGGGGGUUUUUUUUCCUCUUCAAUGGCGACAUUAAAAGAUGGCCGUAGCUGAAGAGCGUGGUUCUUAUCGACGCACGCUGCACGCGGACUCACCGUGAGGUCGCGCGCCCUCGGAGAGAGACCGCCUGCUUUCAGGCUGAGUUCUCGGCAUGACAAGAAUGAAGACACAUCUGCAACAAGUAUCCACAUCUCUUUUAAAAGUCAGCAUCUCGAUACCUUGCUAUCAAGAUUUCCCAAACAGAUUUUUCAAAUGAAAAUGGAGGAUAUGCCCCUGUCAGGCCCAGACAACACCAGGCUGGAGGCCUUGGCCCAUGACAUAUACUCUGAGCUGGUGGAAGAUGCCUGUUUGGGCCUGUGUUUUGAGGUUCACCGUGCUGUGAAACAGGGCUGUUUCUUCUUGGAUGAAACGGACCAAGAGAGCAUGAAAGAGUUCGAAAUUGUGGAUCAGCCAGGUGUGGAUAUAUUUGGCCAGGUGUACAAUCAGUGGAAAAACAAAGAGUGCGAGUGCCCGAACUGCAAAAGAUUGAUAGCAGCUUCCCGCUUCGCCCCACACUUGGAGAAAUGUCUCGGCAUGGGCCGCAACAGCAGCCGCAUCGCCAACCGCAGGCUAGCCAGCAAUAAUAACAUGAGCAAAUCAGAGAGCGAUCAGGAGGACAACGAUGACCUCAAUGAUAACGACUGGUCGUAUGGGGCAGAAAAAAAGGCCAAGAAGAGGAAGUCAGAUAAGAAUCAAAAUUCCCCGAGAAGAUCCAAAUCUCUAAAACUUAAAAAUGGUGAGCUCGGGAGCAGCGUCAGUUCGGAGCCUUACAAGUACAAUUAUAAUACCGGCAUCAGUUAUGAAACUUUAGGCCCCGAUGAAGUCCGAUCCCUUUUAACAACGCAAUGCGGGGUGAUCUCUGAGCACACCAAGAAGAUGUGUACCAGGUCUCAGCGAUGUCCCCAGCACACAGACGAACAGAGGAGGGCCGUCAGGGUGUUCCUCCUGGGGCCGUCCGCCAGGCCGUCCCUGCCUGGUGCAGAUGCUGUGGUGGAGAGCGACAGCUUUGACAUUCCAGAUGGACAGACCCUGAUGAGCCGCCUGCAGUGGGAAGACUCUCCUGACAUUUCGCCCACUGACUCAGCCUCAUCUAAAGCCAGCACCAACCAUUCCGAUUCCAGGAGGCCCAAGAAAAAGAAAACGUCUCUUGGUUUGAACAGUGGAGGAGGAGGAGGAGGAGGAGGAGGAGGAGGAGGAGGAGGAGGAGGAGGAGUAGUAGGGGGAGGAGGAAGUCUGUCUGGAGGCAGCAGCAGCUCUCAGAGUAAUAUCAGCUUAUCGACCAAAAAAAAGAGGCCCAAACUCUCAGCACCUUCUAUUACCAGUAUCUAUAACGACUUAGCAUGAGCAGCUCUCUCCUCCUCUAUUAAGCUCCUUCAUGCAUAGCUAACCAUUUACCGGCCUGGACAGGAUGGGAAGAAACUUGAUUCAGUAGUUCUAAUUCAUUCAGCCUCGACAAGUAAGAACAUUUCAUGAACCCUUCUGUAGUAUGAACAAAACAACAACAAAUGUGGCUUGUUGGUAAAAUGCCACCGUAAAGCAGACUUGAGCGAGCUUCACCUACUUUCUGAAUAAAUGGAAGACUGUGAAUCAGAAAGCCUGUCUUUCUGCCGGUAAAGUCACCAGGUAUGCCUUCAUAUUGUCCAGGCAGGUAUUUAAAUGUACGCUGUUCCACUAUACGGCCAAAGGUAUGUGGACACAUGAACUGUACACCCAUAUGUAACUGUUGAGCAGUUAGUUUAAGUUUAUCUCAAAGGUGUUGAGAGGGCUUGAGCUCAGGCCUCACGAUCUUCCAUAGCCAAACUUUGUGCACAGAGGAAUAGUCAUUCAAAAUAUGCUUGUAUGCUGUAGCAUUACAUAUUCCUUAAUUUGAUUCAAACAGCCACACGGGGUGUCCGUGUACCUUUUUUGGCUUCUCAAACCUACAAAUUGAAAUGGAGGUGCACAAUAUAUUAGGAAUAACAUUGAUUUUAUUUUCUGGUGGGGAAAAGAAGAGGUAUUUUGACACGACAUGGCAGGAAAAGCACAGGUGUAAUUAAUACGAUAAAGGAAUGCACGCCAUUUAGCUUUCCUGACUCCAUUGUGCACGUCUAAUUUCCUGAUGGCCUCUUUUUCUUUAACUACUCAUUUAAAGUGUACGCACUUUUAUUAGCUAUGCUCAGUCAGAAGAGGUUUUUAGAAAGGCCUGAAACCUUCAGGUUUGUGGCCGGUCCUGUGAGCCGGCCUUCCGUGUCCAUUUCACUCGCUUUUGAGGAGACGUGUCGACUUUAAAACACGUGACACACGUAUACAGGAGUAAACGUGUGUGUGUGUGUGUGCGCGUGUUUAUAAAACUGCAUCCUAGAAUGUGACAUUCGUGACAGUAUGUGUGGUAUUUAAAAUAUUUCAAUUUUUUUUUGUUGGCAUCAACAAUCUAUUUAAGUUUUUACUUGUCACUGCCUACAAAGUUUGUGUGUGUGUGUGUGUGUGUGUGUGUGUUAUUGUGUGUAAAUACAGAUUUUGAUAUUUGAUGAGCCAGUCGGCUUGGGGCACAUGUACAGUACAUGUAUAUAUGACGUGUGAGAUGGAAACGUAAUCAUGAAUCCAACAUAACUUUCUUUCCUCGGUCUUGUGUGUUUUCACCUACUUUCUGCUUUAGAGCUCAUGAAGUGGAUCAGCGCUGCAGAUCUGCUCGUCAUUCAUGACCAUAUGUGUGUACGCCUAUAUAUUGUUUUAUGUAAAAUAAAUAUAUUUACAUGCUUUAGAGGUCAGAUGCACUAUUUCACUAAUCUUUUACUUGCAACUUCUCACAGUUGGUCUUAGUGAAGCUUUUAUUUAUUUAUUUAUUUAUUUAUGUUCUUCUUUUUAAACCCAAAUACUUUAGUGUUGGAUAUUAUUCUGGAUUUGAGUACAAUUAUGACGUAUGUUGUUUUAAUACAUGGAUGAAUAAAGUGUAUAUCUAUAUCUUAUCAGGACGUCAUCGCUGUAAAACUUAGGGACUGUAUGAAAAUGAUUGGUGGUGGUGGUGGGGGGGUAGACGAAUCCAGAAAAGCGGGCAAGUUAAGCUGCCGGUGUACUUCAUCAGAAAGGUUUGUUGGAUGAUGUAUAAGCACCGGAGCAGCAACAACAACAACCACCACUUUUUCCCAGAAGUCUGACAAUCGCACUCGCUGUGAUUGGUAAGCUGUGCGCAGGUGAGGACCUGAGGUUCUGUCUGCCUUCCCUCAAGCACCUCUUUUUAAAUAAUUCUUUCUGAAAAAAAUGUACACCGCUAUCUCCAUAAUCUCCAUAUUCAGGUGUCUGCAUCUCGCACCUCUACGAUGUCGUUUCACUCCUGCACGACCUUCCGAGUGUCGCAGCGCGGAACACAAAGGGUGCAACGGGAACGUGUCCCUCUUUGAGCAUAACCGACCCUUAUGUUUAUCUUGUAUUUCAUUCUUUCCUCGUGAGAUUUAUUGUAAAAACAUAUAAGUAAUACGUCUCUGUAUCAAGGCAUUGUUUUCCUCAUCGACUUUAUUUGGUUCGCAGGACAAAUACGCUAGUCUCGAAUGUGUCGAAUAUUUGUUUUUGUGUUUUAAAAUUGUAUUUCUGGGUAGGGUAGGGGGGGGGGGGUGUCCCUUAUUAAUCUAAGUCAAGGGGAGGGUUCAAAGAAAAAUAUUAAUGGCCAAGGAAAUAUAGUACUCAACCUCCCACCCAAAUAAUCUUUGUACAGUCCCUAAAGUAUGUAAUGAACGUGACAAUCACAUGUUUCUGUGAAGGUCUGACUGUGCCCUUUUAAAUCUGUUCCAGUAAAGUCUUGUGAUGUGCACUAACGAUAAACAAACUGUUGUUGAGAUCCUAUGCUAGGUGUGACUUAGCUUCAACCGCUAUUCGUGGAUGAAGCUAACAGCUGAUGUUCUCUUGUGGCUCUUUGUGUAUUUGUGAACGGUACAAGUGCAAUGACAAAGAAUGCGAUGUCGUGAGUUUCCAAUGUGUGUACAUGCACAAACCUGUGCACGUGUGAAUUUAAUUUCACUGCCAUGCAUACUGGUGUUUGUAUAUAAAUAAACACAAACCUGA